AUGCAAUAUGCGCUAAGUGCCGACAUCGUCAUAUUCCUCUCUGGCCGUCAGCGUCCGCUGUCCAAGCAAAACACCAGCAUCAGCACCAGCACCAGUACCAGCAUCACAUCAGCAUCAGCAUCAGCAGCGCCUCGGCUGGGCGUCGGUCAUCUGAUGACCACGGGGGGCAUCCUUGUAAUCGUGGGACACCAAGUCGGUCGCCCGGGCAACGGCCAUCAUGCGACCGAAGACCACGUGGAUUUGGAAGAUGCAACGUCCCGCAAUGGCCUUGCACCUGAACGUCUCAUCGGCGUGCAGAAACCGGACGCUCUCCCCCUCCGGUGCUUUUCUGUCAACGCAGAGAUCGCGCGGCAGACGGGUACAUGUCUCGUCCCCGUCCCUUUCCUGGCCCCCACCCUCGUUAGGCGGCAACUGAAAGGGGGUUCGACCCUCGAUAUCAGAUCGGCUGGCGCGGAUGUAGCCACAAAGCCCCCCGAUUGCGAGGGGCUCCGAGAGGGGCGGAGGGCAUCUAAGGGACUCGGACUGGGGGCCGGUGGUAGCGCGAUCUGUGACGGCGUCACUAGUUUGCCGUGGUUUGACAUCACGGCCCUGUUUUUCUUUGAUUUUGGGUUUUGCUUUUUCUGGGUUGUGGCCCAGGGGUGGGGUGCGAGGGGGGGAGGCGCGAUGCAGGUGGAGAAGGCUGCCAACUCCCAGAUCCAGCUAUGA